GAACAGCAUGGCCGUUGCAGUUGCACUAUUGCAGUGUUGAAUCGUCUUCAAGUAGUUACGUUUUGUUUUUAAUCAACUGUAAAUCGACGGGAUUGUUUGAUUUUCGUUUUCUGUUCAUUAUUUGGUGCCAGAAAAAUGAUGACAUUUACUUGCAUAUCCUGUCACGUUGCCUUUAAAGAGCCAAACAUCCAACGUGAGCACUAUAAAACAGAUUGGCAUCGCUACAACCUCAAAAGAAAAGUUGUGGACUUGCCGCCUGUUACUGCAGAGGUAUUCCAGCAACGUGUGUUGGAACAGAGGACACAGGCAAACCAGCAAGAAGCCACAAAGAGCCUGACACCCUACUGUACCUACUGCAAGAAAAAGUUUGGUUCCGAAAAGUCAUAUGAAAAUCAUUUACCAUCAAAGAAGCAUCAAGAUAAUGUCCUUAAUGGUCCUAAACUUGCUAUCAAGAAGACAGAAAAUGCUGGCCCUGCUGAAAGUGAAGUAGCUGUGAACGAGGAAGAAAUAGAAGUUGAAGAAGAAGACGAUUCAGAUGAAUGGGAAGAUGAUGAUGAAGCAAUUCCAGUAACAUCUUGCUUAUUCUGCAAUCACAAGAGUGAUUCAUUGGAGAGCAGUCUGAAGCAUAUGUCAUCACAGCAUUCAUUCUUCAUACCAGAUUUUGAAUAUGUUAUUGAUUUAGAAGGAAUGGUCACUUACUUGGGAGAACGAGUUGGCCAGGGACAUAUUUGUACGUGGUGUGGGCAUCUUGGACGGCAGUUCCCUUCAACGGAGGCAGUACAGAAGCAUAUGCUUGACAAGGGACAUUGCAAAUUGUUUCAUGAAGGUGAAGUUCUGCUGGAAUAUUCAGAUUUUUAUGAUUACUCCACUAGCUACCCAGAUGGUGGGGAUGCAAAUGAAGAAGUGGAGCCAAAUGUCAUAAACGAUCUAGGAUUCGAACUAGUUUUGCCUUCCGGCUCAACGAUUGGGCAUCGAUCCCUUAACCGCUAUUACCGUCAAAAAUUGAAUCCCAACCCAAGACCAGUACCCACGCGCGCAGCGAUUCAGCACGGAAAUUAUUUCAAGGCUCUAGGCUGGACGACAUCAACUAAAGAGAUAGUGGAAAAGAAAGUGAGAGACAUCACAUUUAUGCGGAAAAUGUUUUUGAAAAACCAGCUUGGAGUUAGUGUGAAGGCUAACAAGCUGCAAAAACAUUUUAGAAGACAAGUUGAUAUGUAGACUAUUAAAAAUACUUGCUGAUUAAUUCACUGGUGAAGAAUAUAUACGUUUCGCCGACA